AUGAACCAAUUACUUAAAAAUAUCGCAUUCAAAAAUGUUUGCGCUAUUGCUGUAAAUAACCUACACACUACUGUUCCUGUAUCGGCAUGGACCAAAUCGGAGAUACCACAAUCAUUUAUCAGAAACAAUAAGAAAAUAUAUCCACCACAGGAACCUUUUGAAGAACCAAGACCAGCUUUUGUUUGUCAUCAAAAAACGAAUAUUAAAUAUAGUCCCGAAAAACUAUGGUAUAUUGCUUGUUUUGUUCGAGGAAUGACUGUUGAUGAGGCUAUAAAGCAAUUGAGUUUUGUCAACAAAAAAGGUGCAGGAUUUGUGAAAGAUACUAUACUUGAAGCUCAAGAGCUUGCUGUAUCACAACAUAAUGUUGAAUUCCGUAGUAACCUUUGGGUUGCUGAAUCAUUUUCUGGAAAAGGAACUGUUAUGAAAGGUAUUAGGAGGCAUGCAAGAGGACGGUUGGGUGAAGUUCGUUACCAAUAUAGCCAUUAUUUUGUUCGACUUGAAGAAGGAAAACCACCUGCAGAUUAUUAUAAAAGAAAUCUCUUACAACCACACCAACAACUUGAUAAGUGGUUAGAACAAAUGAGAAAACGAAAAAUUAUAAAUUCAUUUUGA